AUGGCCCCAGACAAGAAGGACAAGAAGCGCAAGGCUGCGGCCGCCGCUGCCGCCGAUUCGCCCGCGAAGAAGACCAAGAAGGUCGAGGCCAAGCCCGCCGAAUCCCCCAAGGACACCCCCAAGUCUAUCCUCAAGAAGGCCAAGCAGAAUGAGUCGGCCGCAAAGUACGAUACCACUUCGAAGGCGAAGGCCAAUGGCCAACCCGCCCGCCAGGUCAAGCCUCGCAAGCGUGCUGCCGAUUUCCUGAGCGACAACGAGGAUAGUGAGUCCGAGGCCGCCGUUGCCGAACCCAAGGACGCGAAGAAGCCCACCACCAAGAAGUCGAAGAAGGAGGACGGAACUGCUGCUCCCGCGACGAAAGCCAAGCAAGCCAAACCCGAACCCAAGGCCACCAAGGCAAAGAAGGCCGAGCCCGUCGCCGAAGAGUCUGAAGAGGAGGACGAGUCUGUCGCCUCGGAUGCUAGUCAGAGUGAGGAUGGAGAGGAUGACCGCACGGCCGCCCUCAUCAAGGGCUUUGAGAGCAGCGGUGACGAGGACGAGUCUGGCGACGAAGGCUUCAACCCCGACCAGCCGGUUCCUAAGAUUCCCGACUCGAAGAAGGCCAAGCGCAAGAUCUUGAAGAAGCAGAAGGAGAACGCCGGUCAGGCUGAGGAGCCUGGAACGGUCUACGUUGGACGCAUUCCCCACGGUUUCUACGAACACCAGAUGCGCGCCUACUUCAGCCAGUUCGGCGACAUCACCCGCCUGCGUCUCUCUCGUAACCGUAUCACCGGUCGCUCCAAGCACUACGCUUUCAUCGAGUUCGAGUCGGUCUCGGUGGCCAAGAUUGUCGCCGCCACCAUGGACAACUACCUCAUGUACGGCCACAUCCUGAAGUGCAAAUACGUCUCCCCCGAGCAACUGCACCCCGAGAUCUGGAAGGGCGCCAACAGACGGUUCAAGCGCACCCCGUGGAACCGCAUCGAGAAGAAGCGUCUGGACAAGGGCAAGACGAGAGAGCAAUGGACGGAGCGCAUCGACCGAGAGCAGAAGAAACGUCUCGCGAAGGCCGAGAAGCUCAAGGCUGUUCUGGGAUACGACUUCGAUCUGCCCCAGCUGAAGAGCGUGGAUGAGGUCCCUGUCCAGGAGGCCAAGGCCAUCGAGGCAUCCGAGCCCGCCGCCGAAGAGCCCGUCAAGGCCAUUGAAGCCCCCGCUGCCGAGGAGCCCAAGGUCGAGAAGCCCGCCGAAGAUACCCCUAAGAAGAACAAGAAGACUAAGAAGGCCGCCCAGUCUCCUGCUGCGCAAGAGACCCCCAAGUCGGCAGAGAAGCCCGCCGCGAAGAAGACCGCGGAGGUAGCUGCUUCUCCUGCCGGUCAGAAGGCCAAAAAGGUGCAGAAGAAGACCAAGGCCAAGUCCAAGGCUUAG